CUGGUGGUGCUUGGAGUUGGAUGUUACGAUCGGCAAGCUGACGUGAGGUUGGAGGAGUGGAAUUACAUGGAUCGUGUUGGAAUGGAAUGUUGUAGCGGUGGCUGCAGUCGAUUUCUCAUAUUGUUUUUUUUGUUCUUGGCUCAAACUGUUGCUUGAGCUGUGCUUUUGUCUGUUUUUCUUUGGCCUAUUUUUUUUCUUGUUCAUAUGCUAGCUUUGGGCUUUUGGUUUGUGUUUGUUUUUUUCGGUUUGUAAAGUUUGUGUUUUUUGUUUGUAAGAAAUGUUGCUCAGCUUUGUCCCAAAAAAAUAAAAAAAUAAAAAAAUUAUUAUGAACGAAAAAGAAGAAAAAAAUAAACGACACGCUUGGACAUUUCGUGCGCAGCGAGGCAAAGCAAAAUUCACAGCGAAGCGUUUUUUUUCCUAUUUAAGCAUUCAACACCUGUACAGUUACUUUCGCGAAAGUAACGGAGUCCAUCGUCAUCGUCGCCAAAUCACGUCAUCUUCUCGAACUAGUAAUUAUGUUGCAGAGGCCUCGACGCCGCUGCGAAGGCACCGCCAUGGGCGCCAUCGUCCUCGAUCUCCGACCCGGCCUCGGAAUCGGACCCUUCACCGUUGGAAUGCCAAUAUGCGAAGCAUUUGCUCAGAUAGAGCAGGAGCCUAACAUUUACGACGUCGUCCACGUGAAGUAUUACGACGAGGAGCCCCUGAAGUUGGAUAUUGUUAUCAGCUUUCCAGACCAUGGUUUUCAUCUUCGUUUUGAUCCUUGGUCACAGAGGCUACGUCUUGUUGAAAUAUUUGAUAUAAAACGGCUUCAAAUGCGCUAUGCUGCUUCUUUGAUUGGGGGACCAUCCACAUUAGCGACUUUUGUAGCUGUAUAUGCACUAUUUGGGCCAACUUUCCCUGGAAUUUAUGACAAGGAUAGAGGUGUCUACACUCUGUUUUACCCAGGGCUUUCUUUUGCUUUUCCAAUUCCUAGUCAGUAUACAGACUGCUGCCAUAACAGAGAAGCGGAAUUGCCAUUGGAGUUUCCAGAUGGAACCACACCAGUUACAUGCCGUGUCUCUAUAUAUGAUAGUUCGACAGAUAAAAAAGUUGGUGUGGGGUCCCUAAUGGAUAAGGCAUCUGCUCCUCCAUUACCUGUUGGCAGCCUGUAUAUGGAAGAGGUGCACGUUAAGCUAGGGGAAGAAUUGUACUUCAAUGUUGGUGGCCAGAAUAUUCCUUUUGGUGCAUCACCUCAGGAUGUUUGGACCGAAUUGGGUCGUCCGUGUGGGAUACAUCAGAAGCAGGUAGACCAAAUGGUCAUUCAUUCUGGCUUGGACCCUCGUCCACGGACAACUUUCUGUGGUGAUUACUUCUACAAUUACUUUACCCGUGGUUUGGAUAUUUUAUUUGAUGGCCAGACUCACAAAAUCAAGAAGUUUGUUUUGCAUACAAAUUAUCCUGGUCAUGCAGAUUUCAACUCUUACAUAAAGUGCAAUUUUGCCAUCUUUGCAUCUGACUUAGGGGGGUCUUAUCAGGAUGUAAAUAACGGCAAACAUAGGAUUACACCUAGCACAAAGUGGGAGCAAGUGAAGGAAAUCCUUGGGGACUCUGGCCGAGCUGCUAUCCAGACUCAAGGUUCUACAAGCAAUCCGUUUGGAUCUACUUUUGUAUAUGGUUAUCAAAAUGCUGCAUUUGAGGUGAUGAAGAAUGGUUACAUUGCAACUGUGACCCUUUUCCAGUCGUUGUGAUUAUGUUGCAAACAGUUGGAUGAUGGAACUUAAUGGGGAAAGCCGUUUGGAUUCAUAAAGUCGGUGAAAGCGGCUGUCAGCAUGGCCGGGAUCUAUAAGUGUACAGUUGUAUAGAUUAAGUUUGUACAGAAUAAUUUGUACGGUAAAAACACGUAAAUACUCUGCAUCUUCUCUGUCACUUUUCAAAUGGAAGUUUGUUCUGUAAGCCCCUGAUGCAUUAUCCGUUCCCAGAUUGUAUGACAAUGUUCACACUCGAUCGACAUUUAUAGAUUUCUCGUAGCUGAAUCAGCCUUGUAUCAUUUGGGAUGACAAUAUCAGUUUGUACACAAUGAAAAGAGAGUAUGAAGGAUUUCAUUUA